CGCAGCGGGAUGUGAGCCCCGGCUCCGGCAGCUCCGCCGCCCCGCGCCCCGGGAAGAUGCUGAGCAGGUGGAUGAGUGGCAGCAGCAGGAACCUGGACCGCGAGUACAACUGCACCGUGCGGCUGCUGGACGACAGCGAGUACACCUGCACCAUCCAGAGAGAUGCCAAGGGCCAGUACCUGUUCGACCUUCUGUGCCACCACCUGAACCUGCUGGAGAAGGAUUACUUCGGCAUCCGCUUUGUGGACCCCGACAAGCAAAGGCACUGGCUGGAGUUCACCAAGUCGGUUGUGAAGCAGAUGCGGGCCCAGCCCCCCUUCACCAUGUGCUUCCGUGUCAAGUUCUACCCCACGGACCCCGCGGCGCUGAAGGAGGAGAUCACCAGGUACCUGGUGUUCCUGCAGAUCAAGAGGGAUCUGUACCACGGCCGGCUGCUGUGCAAGACGUCGGACGCCGCCUUGCUGGCUGCCUACAUCCUGCAGGCUGAGAUUGGGGACUACGACCCGGGGAAGCACCCCGAGGGCUACAGCUCCAAGUUCCAGUUCUUCCCCAAGCACUCGGAGAAGCUGGAGAGGAAAAUCGCCGAGAUCCACAAGUCGGAGCUGAGUGGGCAGACUCCAGCCACUUCAGAGCUGAAUUUCCUCAGGAAAGCCCAGACUCUGGAGACCUACGGGGUGGACCCACACCCGUGCAAGGACGUGUCCGGCAACGCGGCGUUCCUGGCCUUCACCCCCUUCGGCUUCGUCGUCCUGCAGGGGAACAAGAGAGUUCACUUCAUCAAGUGGAACGAGGUGACCAAGAUGAAAUUCGAGGGGAAGACUUUCUAUCUGUACGUAAGCCAGAAGGAGGAGAAGAAAAUUGUUCUCACCUAUUUUGCCCCGACACCAGAAGCCUGCAAACACCUCUGGAAGUGUGGGAUCGAGAACCAGGCUUUCUACAAGUUGGAGAAGUCGAGCCAGGUGAGGACAGUGUCCAGCAGCAACCUGUUCUUCAAGGGAAGCCGCUUCCGCUACAGCGGCCGCGUCGCCAAGGAGGUGAUGGAGUCCAGUGCCAAGAUCAAGAGGGAGCCCCCCGAGAUUCACCGGGCCGGGCUGGUGCCCAGCCGGAGCUGCCCCUCCAUCACGCACGGCCCCCGGCUGAGCAGCGUGCCCCGCACCCGGCGGAGAGCCGUCCACAUCUCCAUCAUGGAAGGCCUGGAGUCCCUCCGUGACAGCGCCCACUCGACCCCGGUGCGCUCGGCUUCCCACGGCGACGCCUUCGCGGGCCCCGGCCGGAGCGGCCGCGCCGAGAGCAGCGAGCGGGUGGCCGUGAUCGCCGACGAGAGCUACAGCCCCGCGGACAGCGUGCUGCCCACGCCCGUGGCCGAGCACAGCCUGGAGCUGAUGCUGCUGUCGCGCCAGGCCAACGGGGCCCCGUGCAGCAUCGAGGAGGAGAAGGAGUCGGAGGCGGGCACGCCGGCGGCCGAGGCGGAGGGCGAGCUGCGGGCGCUGUGCCCGGGCGCCGGCGGCCUGGGGCCGGCACAGGCCCAACAGGUGAAUAAGUUUCUUUUAAGUGUCCUCCGUUUGCUCCUUGUGACAGUUGGACUCCUCUUUGUUUUGCUCCUCCUCCUGAUCGUCCUUACCGAGUCCGACCUUGACACUGCCUUUUUCCGCGAUAUCCGCCAGACCCCAGAGUUCGAGCAGUUCCAUUACCAAUACUUUUGUCCCCUCAGGCGAUGGUUUGCCUGCAAGCUCCGCGCCGUGGUAAACCUGCUCAUUGACACCUGAAGGCAGGAGCCACCACGGGGGCCUGGACCUGCCGCCGGCACUCACUAACCCCCCCCUCCCGACCCAGAGCCCGGCCGGCCGAGGAGGCGGCUUUCCGGGAGGAAGAGGAGGGUGGGCGCAGCCCCCGGAGCCCCCUCCUCCCCGUGCUCCCAGCCCCGGAGCCCGCACAACACUCCCGUCCCCGAUCCCACGCACACGACUUGGGAAGCACCGAGCAGAGGGGAAUUCAUUGCUCCGCCGCCCCGGCCGGGGCUGGCGGGGCCGUUCCGCAGGAGCUUUAGCAAUGGUGCUACUGAGGUUUCAUUUAACACUCGUGUACUGUUACGGUAUCAAAUCCGCACUGUGCCCGCCGCCCCGCCCUCCACGAACCGCUUGGCAGAGCCCUCCCUGCCCACCGGAGCCUCCUCGGAGGUGACGCGGCUCUCGGGACGCCCCGGUGCCCUCCUCCCGCAGCGCAGCCACCCGGAGCCCUCGCCCUGCUGCGGACUCGGCCCUUCGCCGCUUUUUUAAGCCUUGAAGCAUCAGUGCUCCCGGGGGCAGGGGAGCAUGGAAGCCAGGACACGCCGGGCACGCGUGGCCAAACCCGGCGUGGAGCUGUAGUGACUGUGUCAGAUUUAUUGGGAUGACCUUUACCCUCCGCCAGUUGUACCUG